GGGUUAGCCGGAAGAGACGCGAUCGCUGAGCUCGAGUCGAUCUCGAACUAGGGUUUGGGUAUCUUUACUCGCCUCGCAGCGCACAAACAUGUCAUUCCGAUGGUCUACGGUCCAAAGAUGAGCAGCCUCGGUGCGAAAACCGGCAACACGGCGGGGGAUGAUCCGCAAGCGGAGGUCGAAGAUCUACUGCGGGCCACCGAGGACGAUGUCCUCCUCAAACUCCGAGUCGGCGGCCACAUCGCCUCUCGCCACUUAUCGUGCUCGCUGUUGGACUACGACCUGGCCCGCCGCUUCGAGGCCCUCAAGGCGCCCCCUCCGCAUCCCCCAUCGGCCGCGCAGCGUCGGCCUUCGGCGCCCGAACCUGUGGAAAAGGGUGAGGCCUCAGCAGCAGCGGAUGACGGGAAGUGGGGAAGGGUCCUCGGGGACGACCUCGCGGCGAGAUUCGCGGCACUCAAGGGCUCCUCCGGUUCCAGGGGCUCGGAUCGUGGGCUGCCGAGGUCGGAUCUGCUACCCGAAGGGAAGAGAUCCCACGACGACGACGACGACGACAAAGAAGAGGUAGAAGAUGAUGAUGAUACUGACGAGGAUGGGGUUUCGAAGAAGGAGGUGGACAAAUUGUUGCAGUGGGCGAUCGACGCGGCGCGUCUGGACCCUUCGAAGAGCGAUGACGACGAGGAGGACGGCGGUGACGGUGGGAGCAGCGAGGAUGAGGAGGAUUUCGAGGUGAAGAGGAAGGUGGGGGAGGAAAGGAUCAAGAACAAGCGGAAGCCGAAGAAAUGGUUCUUCUUCUAGCUCUUGGAUCAAGUACAAGAAGGUCUCCGGACAUCCGUUUUCCAUCUUCGUAUGGAGCGCUUUAUAGCAGUGGUUUGUUCAAUGUCUGUGGAUUGCAAAUGCUGUUAAUUUUAGGAGGGUUCUUCAUUUUGAAUGCCUGUUUGAUGCUUUGCAUAGAGAAUUUGUACAAGCUCAUGAAAAUAAAGUCACUAGCCACUGUUUUGCUCCAUAA